AGAUCACCAAGAAGAAAUGAACAAGAAAAUGCUAAAAUCUUAAAUAUGGCAACGGAGAUGAAUUUGACAUUAGUUAGACCCUUGGGUUUUCAUAUUGGGGGCUUUCAGCUUUUACCAUAUACACAAUAUUAUUUUAUAUUUCUGAGUGUUAUUUAUAUGGCAACACUCUUUUGUAAUUUUUUUCUUAUGGCAAUAAUUUUUUAUAUGGAGGAGCUUCAUACUCCAAAAUAUAUUACUAUAUUCACACUCUCAAUAAUAGAUGUAAGUUAUAGUACAUCCAUCAUUCCAAAAUCAGUAGAUGCCUUUCUGUUUGAUUCUAAAUUUAUUUUGUACGAGACAUGUUUGACUCAGAUGUUUUUUGUUCUGUAUUUUUCUGCAAUGGAGUCGUUCUCAAUUACUAUAUUAGCAUAUGAAAGAUUAAUAUCCAUUUGUUUUCCUUUACGGAGUGUCACAAUCAAUACAAACACUAGAAUGAUUGUAAUUAUACUUGCUUCUGCGUGCGUCCCUCUUGUGGUUGAUAUGGUUAUGGUUUACUUAAUUACACGCUUGUCAUUCUGCAGAUCUACUGUUAUUAACAGUUAUUAUUGUGAUCACGGACCUGUGUUCAACUUGGCAUGUAAUGAUUUUACACCAAACUGGAUGGCAGCCUACUUUGGAAUUGUUACAUUUUUCUGUGUUCCAUUGGCUUUCAUUAUAAUAUCUUAUAUUUGCAUUGUUUUGGCUGUGUUAAAGAUAACAUCAAAAGAGGGCAGAAAAAAAGCAUUUAAAAUCUGUACAGCACACUUAUUUUUAGUAGCCAUAUUUUAUAUACCUUUGUUAGCAAUUUACCUUACAUCUUGGAUAAAAUUAUCAGUAGACACCAAUACAAGAAUUUUCAAUACCUCUUUAGCAGCUACUCUUCCUCCAUUGCUAAAUCCAAUUAUUUAUACAUUAAAAACAGAAGAAAUAAUGCAGGCAAUUAAAAAGAUAUAUAAGAAAAGGAUAAUUCAUUCCUCUAUGUAG